AUGCUUCUGGCUCCCACUGCUUUAGAUAGCCAUCGUCCUUCACCAGACGGAAUGUCCCGAUCCUCCUCUUACUCCUUACAUUCCAGUAUUAUCCCUAUUCAAGAUUUUGGAGCUGUCAAUUCACUCGUCACAACUUUGAGCCCCUCAUCUAAGUCUUAUGGUCUAAGUACAACUAGCGGCAGUAGCAACAGCUUGCCCACUGUAAUCAAAUCAGCUUCUUCCUCUACCUCACUAUCGACCUCUUUCGUGUCAUCGCCUUCGUUCGAUGGACCACUUCACCAACGAAAUCCAUCGCCAAACCCUCGUAUUGUUGAGAAAGAAUUGAAUCACUCGUCUGGCUCAACAACCAAUGCAUCAUCUGGGCGCCUUUUUGAGCCCGAAGAUGGACAGCAGCAUGGUCAAAUGAUGUCUCUCGUUUCUUUGACCCCAUUAAUCUCUGCUCCUGGAAGCUUUCCAAUGCCAUCUGUCAAAUCCAGUGCCCAGGUUAUAAUUGUUAGAGACCUGUCUUAUUUAUCUUAUUUACAUUCAUCGAUUUGUUUGUAUAUAUUCCCUUCUCCCGUUUUUUUUGUUGAUCAAACAUCUCUAAAGGGGAUCAAAAGUUGGUUUCACGGUAAUCUGUACAAUUACAGUGAUUCGUAA